GCGAGAUCUGAGGCGCCCCGCGAGACAUCCGGGGCCGGCGGUUGUUUGCGCGGCGGGGCAAGAUGGCGGUGGAGUCGCGGGUCACGCAGGAGGAGAUUAAGAAGGAGCCGGAGAAGCCCAUCGACCGGGAGAAGACGUGCCCGCUGCUGCUUCGCGUCUUCACCACCAACAACGGGCGGCACCACCGCAUGGACGAGUUCUCCCGCGGCAACGUGCCUUCCAGCGAGCUGCAGAUCUACACCUGGAUGGAUGCAACUCUGAAAGAGCUGACCAGCUUAGUGAAAGAAGUCUACCCUGAAGCACGCAAGAAGGGCACGCACUUCAAUUUUGCAAUUGUUUUUACAGAUCUCAAGAGGCCUGGAUAUAGGGUGAAGGAGAUCGGCAGCACCAUGUCGGGCAGGAAGGGCACAGAUGAUUCCAUGACAUUGCAGUCUCAGAAAUUCCAGAUAGGAGACUACUUGGAUAUAGCAAUCACUCCUCCCAACCGUGCACCGCCCCCGUCGAGCCGCAUGAGACCAUACUGAGCUGGUGCUUCUGCGUGUGAUCGCGCCUUCUGUUUAUUCCUACUUGCUGUUCUAAAGCAGGCUUACUUUUUUUUUUUUUGCUUUUGUUGCUAAGCAAGAACACCUGAAGACAAAGCUAAGCAUCAGAAAUGAAAGUUAAUUUUUAAACCUUUUUGUUUAUUUGUUUAGAAGAAACACUUCUCUUUAGCGGUGCCAUCAUCCUAUCCCUGAUUGUUAUAGUCUGAGCAGUAAGUCGGUGUGUCCAGUGUUUCAAGACUUCCGUAAAAGGCGACCAGAAGGAUUACAGGUGUUCUGUAGUUCUGUCUUGUUUGGAAUAAAGAUUGAUGUUAUUGAUCUUUUGA